AUGAGCGCAAAGGCACCGAAGCUCUUCAACAAGUGGUCAUAUGAGAAUCUCCAGACGACGGAGAUAGCUCUUAACGACUACAUCACGCGGACACCAACAUAUGUGCCUCACUCUGCUGGACGUUGGCAGAAGAAGCGCUUCCGCAAGGCACGCAUCCCCAUUGUGGAGCGCCUCACGAAUGGUCUGAUGUUCAAGGGUCGUGGCAAUGGUAAGAAGCUGCAGGCCGUGCGUCUUGUGAGGCACACAUUGGAGAUCAUUCACUUGUUGACGGAUCAGAACCCCAUUCAGGUGGUUAUUGAUGCCGUCUCCAAGGGAGCUCCGCGUGAGGACUCCACACGUGUUGGCGCUGGUGGUGUUGUGCGGCGGCAGGCUGUUGAUGUGUCACCGAUGCGCCGUGUUAAUGAGGCAAUCUACCUCAUGUGCAAGGGGGCGCGUGAGGCGGCGUUUCGCAACCUCAAGACACUUCCUGAGUGCCUUGCGGACGAGAUCGUGAAUGCGUCGAAGGGUAGCUCCAAUUCCUAUGCCAUCAAAAAGAAGGAUGAGGUGGAGCGCGUCGCCAAGGCCAACCGGUAA